UUUUACUUUCUGGAACGAAGAACCAGAUAAGCUCAGACACAAAACGUCAGAAGCUACACGGUCACUGAUACUGAUAGCAUCACCAUAUUUACCAGCAAGAGUGAAGAAGAGAAAGGAGAGAGAUAUAGAAUUUCACCCAGAAUCAGCACAGAAAGUACAGAAUGAAGCUGAAAGUAUACGUUGAUCGAAUGUCACAACCGUCACGUGCAAUUUUAAUCUUCCUCAAGGCAAAUGGAAUAGAGUUCGAGGAGGUGAAAAUAGACAUAGCCAAACGUCAACACAAAUCUCCUGAAUUCAAAAAAAUAAACCCUAUGGGACAAGUUCCUGCUAUUUCUGAUGGGAGAUUUAAUCUGUUUGAAAGUCAUGCAAUUCUUACCUAUCUUGCUUGUGCAUUUCCUGGAGUAGCAGAUUCUUGGUAUCCUUCUGAUCUUUUUGCGAGAGCUAAAAUCAACUCAGUGUUGGAUUGGCAUCACUCUAACUUACGCCGUGGCUCAGCGACAUUUGUUCUUCAUACUGUACUAGCACCUGUGUUUGGACUUCCAUCAAAUCCACAAGCAGCUGCUGAAGCUGAGACACUUUUAUCGUCCUCUUUGUCAACAAUAGAAUCCAUUUGGCUCAAGGGAAAUGGAAAAUUUUUGCUGGGUGGCUUCCGACCAUCCAUAGCAGAUCUCAGCUUGGUUUGUGAAAUCAUGCAACUUGAGCUUUUGGAGGAGAAGGAUCGCAGUCGUAUACUUGAUCCGCACACGAAAGUUCUACAGUGGAUUGAAAAUACUAAAAAUGCAACAAGACCUCACUUCUACGAAGUACAUGAUGUCCUCUUCAGAGCCAAAACAAGAUUCCAGGAGCAGCGGUUGAAGAGGGCAAGCAAUAAGACUGAUUCCAGCGAUAGGUCGAAAUUGCCUUCAAAGAUGUGAUGUGAGAAUCCAUAUAUGUGAUUUUAAAAAAUGCUGUGAGAAUAAUUGACUUUUCAUGUGGAACAUUGAGCCUGGCUGCAACUGGAAAUGUCAAUUUAUAUUUGACAUUUACAAUGUUUUACUUCACUAUCUAGUCAAUACAUGGGACAUGUUACUUUCUUAAAUUUC